UAAUGUGUUUAAUAUUUUUCAUUAGUGGAGAGGAGGUGAUGGCAGGAAACUGCUGCAAUCAGGACCUGGAACUGGAGGACAUCAUCAGAACUGUUCUUGGCAACCUGGACAAUCUCCAGCCCUUCUCUAGUACCCACUUCAAUGUCUUCCCUUAUAAGAAGCAGUGGGAGGGAUUAUCAAAGGUGAUGUGCACACACGAUGAGAGGAAGCUGAGAGCCUACCCUUUUAUUCUUAUUCUGUACCUGGAAAAAAACACACAGAAUGGAAAACAAGCGAAGAGUCCAGAGAAGGAGAUAGGGCAGCACUUCUCUGUUUCUGAGCCCCUGUCAAAGCGCUGUAAGCGAGAUUCACCACUAGAGGGCACCAUACUAAAAGACUUGGAGGCUGAAAGCAAGGUUCCUAUGGUGGGCAGGCUGCACGUGGACAAUUCAAAUGCAGAGGGAGAGGUCAAAGAAGAUCCAAGACAUGUUGACAAGAAAGGGACAGAGGGGUUUGGCAAAGCCCAGCUGAACUCAGGUGUCAGCAUGAUCAGAGGAAGCGGGAGUCCAGGUGAAGUGCAGCCAGGGACAAUGCAGGACAUGGGAGAGGAGGACGGAGAAAAUGAAGACUCCGUCUCAGGAACACCUGUGAGGCCAGGGAUUCUGACUCGAUUGGCCAGCCAUAUCUUCCCCUUCUCCCUGUUCUUCAAAGACCCCUGAGAGCUGUGUCAAGGAGACUGGAGGGUCUUACUGGUUCCAGUAGAGGAGUCUCACUGGGGUUUAUCUGGUUAAACUUCUGAUCUGAGCACAAAAAUGUGUUUUGAUUUCUUCAGGAAGUACAGUUUAUAGAUUUGUUGCUUUUCUUUUUCCUUCAUCCUGCAUUGAUUACUUUUUAGACUGUUAUGUGUCUUCAGUUGUUUUUCAAGUCAUUUCUGUUCUUGUAUUCUUAUCACGUUAGAUUUUCCAUUACA